AUGGCUUUUCCAUCUGUCAAUGAGGCUCAGAGGCUGGUUGACCAGCUGCUGUGGGCAGCCGUAAAAAGCCACACCGUCAAGGUAGUGGACGACCUCGUCGCCCGACAUAAGGCGAACCCAAAGCAGGUGAACCGAAUUGGGCAGACGCUGCUCUUCGAAGCGGCCCAACAUGUCAGUGGGCAGCAGGCAUUUGAGAUCACUGAGCUGCUCGUUAGACAGCAUCGGGUGUCCGCCGCGGUGAUCGAUAAUCGCCAACAGAAUGCGUGUUUCUACGCUGCGAAGCACGGGCACUCACAGCUGUGUGAGUUCCUCAUCGCAUCGGGGUGUUCUGUGAGCCACACUGACACCUCUGGGCAAACGCCUGUAUUUUAUUCAGUGCGGGCUGGCCAUGUGACUCAGCUUAAGAUUGGUGCCACUGAAGCGCUGCUGAAACAUGGCGCAGCAAUUGACGCGAGGGACCAGAACGGCUUCACGCCCAUCUUCUGGGCAGCAGAAGCUGGAAAAGUGCAAAUGAUGACGCUGGGUCUGCAGGAAAGGAAGCACCUCGUUCAGAAAGGUGCGACAACAGAUAUGCUGAGCAACAUGGGAGGUGACAUCUUUGCCUCCGCUACAGGCCCAGCUCUAAAGUAUGCGUUGGAGUUGGGCAUGGAUCCAAACAGGACAUUGUCCAAAGGCCAAACAAAUCUUUUCGGUGCUGCCAAGCGUGGCGAUGUCGAGAAAGUGAAGGUCUUGGUUGAGACCCACAACGCAGAUCUCAACCAUCGAGACGAAUAUGGACAAACAUGCCUUUUUUAUGCCGCAGCGCAUGGAGGACUCAAGGUGACAGAUCUGCUACUAGUACAGUACAAGGCUGAUGCCUUGAUCAAAGAUGCUUGGUCCCUGGUUCCCGAGCCCUGCUUGCUGAGGGGGGAUGCAGAGCGCAAGCAGCAGAAGGCAAUUGAAGCCGCACAGAAAAGGCAGCGCGCCGCUGCUGCACAGCUGCGAAAGCGCGAGGAAAAACUGGCAAAGGCGCAGAAGAAGGCGGAGGAGAGCAAGAGCGAGCUCGAGCUGAGAGAGCGGCAGCUGCAACCAGAGCUGCAGCGGCGUCAUCAAGCUCGAGAAAGCGUCCAUCUUCGGCGGAGGAGCCGGCAGCCAAGAGGCAACGCUACGAGCUCGUGUGCCAAGAAGGAAGACAAAGGAUUCCUCAGGAUUCUGAGAAAUUCACUGACAAGUGGCAUGAGCUUGUGGAUCAAUGCCAAUUUUUACAGGGCCCGAAGCGCCGCUGAGGCGCUUGCUCCAGCUUUGUUUCUCAAGAAGAGAAUUGCCGGACAGCGGCUUUGGGUGGAUGGGGCUCAAAGGCUGGUUGACCAGCUGCUGUGGGCGGCGGUAAAAAGCCACACCGUCAAGGUGGUGGACGAUCUCGUCGCCCGGCAUAAGGCGAACCCAAAGCAGGUGAACCGAAUUGGGCAGACGCUGCUCUUCGAAGCGGCCCAACAUGUCAGUGGGCAGCAGGCAUUUGAGAUCACUGAGCUGCUGGUUAGACAGCAUGGGGUGUCCGCCGCGGUGAUCGAUAAUCGCCAACAGAAUGCGUGUUUUUACGCUGCGAAGCACGGGCACUCACAGCUGUGUGAGUUCCUCAUCGCAUCGGGGUGUUCUGUGAGCCACACUGACACCUCUGGGCAAACGCCUGUAUUUUAUUCAGUGCGGGCUGGCCAUAUUGGUGCCACUGAAGCGCUGCUGAAACAUGGCGCAGCAAUUGACGCGAGGGACCAGCACGGCUUCACGCCCAUCUUCUGGGCAGCAGAAGCUGGAAAAGUGCAAAUGAUGAAGCACCUCGUUCAGAAAGGUGCGACAACAGAUAUGCUGAGCAACAUGGGAGGUGACAUCUUUGCCUCCGCUACAGGCCCAGCUCUAAAGUAUGCGUUGGAGUUGGGCAUGGAUCCGAAUAGAAUAUUGUCCAAAGGCCAAACAAAUCUUUUCGGUGCUGCCAAGCGUGGCGAUGUCGAGAAAGUGAAGGUCUUAUUUGAGACCCACAACGCAGAUCUCAACCAUCGAGACGAAUAUGGACAAACAUGCCUUUUUUAUGCCGCAGCGCAUGGGGGAUGCACAGUUACGCAUGUGCUACUAGGAAAGUACAAGGCUGAUGCCUUGAUCAAAGACAACCAUGGAAGAACAGCCCGGCAGUACAUGCUGGAGCUUGAAAAACUCGAUGAAUACAAAGAUAUUGUGAAACUGCUGGGGGAUGCAGAGCGCAAGCAGCAGAAGGCAAUUGAAGCCGCACAGAAAAAGCAGCGCGCCGCUGCUGCACAGCUGCGAAAGCGCGAGGAAAAACUGGCAAAGGCGCAGAAGAAGGCGGAGGAGCAAGAAAGAGCUCGAGCUGAGAGAGCCGCAGCUGCAACCAGAGCUGCAGCGGCGUCAUCAAGCUCGAGAAAGCGUCCAUCUUCGGCGGAGGAGCCGGCAGCCAAGAGGCAACGCUACGAGCUCGUGUGCCAAGAAGGAAGACAAAGGAUUCCUCAGGAUUCUGAGAAAUUCACUGACAAGUGGCAUGAGCUUGUGGAUCAAUGCCAAUUUUUGCAGGGCCCGACAAGAAAAGCUGAGAAUGCUCGCACUGGAGAUGACUUGAUCCUGGUGCAACGACGGACUUCGAGCUCGGUCGACAAGCCGGUGUUGCUGAUGGCACAUCCAAAAGGCGCUUGCUCCAGCUUUGUUUCUCAAGAAGAGAAUUGCCGGACGGACUUCAAGCUUCGUUGA